AUGGAGGAAAACGAUGGGGUGGCCCGGAUCUUUCGUGCAUCGGGUUUCGUCAGACCAACCUUCGUCAACGAUGAAGACGAGGGACAAGAAGACGGAAUGGAUGAGGACGCGUAUCUUCACCUUAACUCUAUCAUAACGUUCAGUUAUAAUUACACUAAAAUGGAUGAUCCCGUAUACCUUGAAACAGAAUAUGGUUGGUAUCGCCUUGAACGCCCUUCUCCCAAGUAUCAGCCAUUUUUCGAGAGAUUUAUAGUCCCGCGUCGAAUAGCGCAGUUUGUUAUCUCUUCAGCUGUAGCUCGCCGACCUCCAGCCACUCGCCAGGAAUUCCUUAGACUCUUGGAGGACCAGAAUGAUGCUUUUGGUGGUAAGUUAACCAGAGAUGAUUUGACAGAACCGGCGACGAUAUCCCAAAUUGAAGAGGCUUUGGAUGAGCAUGAGCGUGGAGAGGAGCUUCGCCGUCUCCCCUUUAUUAGGGCGAUCUUUCCGAAUACGGACGUAUCUGCGGCCAAGAGGAAGCGCAAGACUAAACGGCAUCUUCUCAACCAUCGUCCCCCCGAGAUACCAGAAAUCGCAGGCUUAGAUCUUGAUACCGCCGUACUCCAGCCUAAGAAUCAGACACCUACCCAUGCUACGCCUGCUAUUGCCACCCUGGCAAAAGAUCUAUUUCGCGAAGAUCUACAAGUCCUCGGCGCUCCUCCUCCUCCAGUCGACGAGGAAAAGAAAUGUCGGGAACAGCAAGAAAACCGCGACAUUCUGGAGGUUCUCAUUAGACGCGCCAACCGCCGCCACAAGAAGACUGAUUGGCGUCGCGAUCAACGACUUUCUACUAGCUCAAGGUAUCUGAAAAGCGUUUCAAUAGACGAUGUGACAAUUCGCGUGGGUCCCCUUGUUCGUAUUUGUUCUGCUAGUCUCAUAGGACGUAAUCGCGAAUGUUUCCCAGAGAAGAUUGCGGACGUUGUGUUUGGUAAUGGCAUUGCAGAGUACUUUCGGUUCGCAAAGGUAUUAUUCAUUGACUUCGAAUCAAAUCAGGCGCAUGUCCUUUGGUAUGAUCAUGGAUCCAGUACCAUCUUGGGGGAGCUUGCGCAUCCCCAGGAAUUGUUUGUGCUCGAUCAUUGCACGAGCAUCCCACUUGCCUCGAUAUGUGGAACCGUAAAAGUGCAUCAUUCACCAGAAGGAUCUGUGCCUUCAAAUGACUUUUACUGCCGGUUCAAAUACGACAAGGCAACCGCGGCUUUCGUGAACCCCGAUCUUGAAGCCUCAGAAACGGCCUCGACACUCCAACCGCCGAACAAUUGUCCCAACUGUCUAUUACGGGAUCAACGUGAGCAAGAAAAAUCUGCUGUCAAGAUAGCGGACGGUAUCGCAUCUGGUGGAAUUCAUUAUCACAUCGACGACUUCGUACUUUAUGCAUCCUCCGGUGGACCUGCUGCCAUUGGUCAAGUCAUUGAUAUCAAGACCUCUGAUCGUCAUACGGCCUCAGCUCAAUCGAGCGUCAGUGUGAGGCCAGUAGGUCGGAUCAGCGACCUUGACGUUCUACCUGAAUCGGAAAUAAGAGAUGAGCGGCAUGUCUUCCUCACCAGUUCGAAGAACUUGGUGUCCGUUGAUGCAGCGGAUCUGCUACGCGUUUGCUUCGUUUUUCCGUAUACACAUAUGACAGAGGAAGAUGAUUGGCUAGCUAUGUCCGCCGAUCAUUUCUACGCGAAAUAUACAUUUCCCUCUCUCAAAGUAACUUCUUGGAAUGCCAAGACGGUCAUCGACCCGUUUGACGUGCCCGUAUGCAAAUCCUGUACAGCACUAGAACUCAAGCGGUUCCAGGAUAUCAAGGACAUCCAUGAACGGGUGAAACUUCCUACUCUGGAUAUCUUCGGUGGUGUUGGAGCAUUUGCCUCGGGAAUGGCUGAGGGAUGUCAAAGUAUGAAGGUUACCCAUGCAAUCGAGAUUGCACCAUCACCUGCGGAGACAUAUAAGCGCAAUUUCCCUAGUACAACGGUCUAUAACCAAUGUGCAAAUACCAUGCUCAAAUACAUGGUCAAGCAUCACCAUCGGCCAGGUCAGAUGAACCCUCCCCUCCAAAUUUACAACAAGAAGCCUGUGCCUUUACCUCCUUCCCCGGGCCAGAUCAAAGUUAUUGUCGCUGGCUUUCCCUGUCAAUCACACUCAGCUCUGAACAUGUACAAACACGAGCACGAUAAGAAGAGUAAUCUUAUUCUUACAACACUGUCGAUGAUGGAUUUUCUUCGGCCAGAGUAUGGCUUCUUUGAAAACGUACCCGGAUUUAUCGAUUACAGGCCCGAUGCAUCCCAGUUUGGACCGCACAAGCUUCAAGGUGGCAUGGAGCAGGGUGGGCUCAAGUUCAUCCUCCGUGCUUUGAUAGACAUGAAAUAUCAAGCCCGUUUUGGCAUCUUAGAUGCAGCUCAUUAUGGGACUCCGCAGCGGCGAAAGCGGUUCGUCAUGUGCGUGGCGCAGCAAAACCAAAAGCUACCGUCCCUUCCACAGCCGACGCAUGACUUCCCCAACACGGAGAAAUUAAUUAUUAAGCUGUCCAAUGGCGAUUCUAUCACCCCGAUUCGAACGACCAAUGGAACUGCGUCGCAUCGAUGCGUCACUAUUGGUGAUGCUAUUAGUGAUCUGCCAAGAUAUGACUACAAGCAUCCAAUUCCAGGAAAGCACGUUGACCGGGGAAUCAAGAGUCUCCACUGCAAGUCCACAGAUGCUCGGUGUGGUUAUGAAGGCAAAAUUCCUUAUCAUCACGCGCCAUCUACCCGGUACCAGAAGGAAGCAAGAAAGAACGCAACAUCAAAUCUCCAACAUUUUACAAGGCCUUUGAAGGAGAAGAUAGUGGAACGGAUAGUCAAUAUUCCUUUGAGCGCUAAUGCUGAUUAUCGUUCUUUACCGGGUGAUCUCCAUGAGUAUCAAACAGUGAAUCCAAGGUCUGCGAACGCGAGAGCAGGGUUCCGUCCUGGCAUGUACGGCCGUCUAGAUGCUAACGAUGUUUUCCCAACAACUGUUACGAAUGUCUACGUCACUGCGAAGCAAAGUCGAGUACUCAAUCCCUGGUGUCAUCGAAUGGUGACAGUCAGGGAGUUGGCUCGUUCGCAAGGAUUCCGCGACGACUUUGUGUUUGAAUCGCUGUACAACAAUGUUGUUACGAUCCACAGGCAGAUAGGGAAUGCGGUGCCCUGGCCUGUGGCUACGGCCCUAGGACGGGAGCUACAAGCCGCCGUCCUUGAAGAUCCAAAGUACAAAGUUAUUAAUAUAACAUAA